AUGGAAAAAAAAGUUCAUUCAGGUAUUUCAAUUUAUUUUUUAACAAAACUACUGAGACCAAAGAGCAUGGAUGUCCGCCCAAUGAUGGAAGUAGUCAAAGGUGCAGCUUUCUGUAUUUUACAGGCUGCUGGUGGAUGUCCUACAUCUUUGAGGCCUGGAAGAUGGUUAGACUUAUAUAGUGGUACAGGACCUGUUGGCGUAGAAGCUAUCAGCAGAGGAUGCUCUCAGGAAUUAAAAUGA